GGGCUUGAUUUCAUAAUUCAAGUUAACCGAAGUUUAACUGAUUCAUACUUAGUUUAAACCAGUUGUAACUAGUUAAUCUCCGAUUAACUUGACUAGUGAAUACCAGAUCGCAACUUCCCACGUGCAACACUUGGCGCGUAAUUUUGCCGCCUUUUCGAACACAUUACGAACUCGCAACGCCUUCUAAACAAAUAACCGUGUGGCGGGAACACAUCGCUUGUGUAUGACACAAACUUUGAUGGACAAAGGACGAGUGUCAACUUAUAUUAUUGGUUAACCGGGUUACGCGAAUGCUAAGGUAACCUCACUUUCUAACUAGGCUCGUCUAGCCUUUCCCUCUUUUUCGCCGAUUUCAUGAGGACUCUCGAUUUCGAAAGUCCCGUCGAAGGAUGUCGAAUGUCUCGAGGGAUCGGAAUAAAAGGAAGCAACAGCAAUUGGAGGAACAUCACAGCAAGCGAAACAGAAGUGAAGAUGACAGCGAACUCGAUACCACCCAAGAUGAUUCAGCAGGAAAGAUCAUGAGAGUAUUCAUGCGAAACUUUAUGUGUCACGACGCUAUGGAGAUUGUCUUCAAUCCUAAUAUUAAUUUCAUAGUAGGGCGUAAUGGAAGUGGGAAAAGUGCAGUAUUGACGGCAUUAACCGUUGGACUCGGAGCCAGAGCUAGUAUCACUAGUCGAGGCACAUCGAUUAAAGAAUUCAUUAAGAAAGGAAAGAACUCAGCGACUGUAGAAAUAACAUUGUUCAAUACAGGACCGUCUGCGUAUAAGCAAGAAGAGUAUGGAGAUUGUAUUACGGUUGUUCGAACCAUCGGAGCAAGUUCGGUGUACAAAUUGAAGAACUGGAGAGGUGAAGUAAUUUCCACAAGAAGAGACGAGUUGGAUCGAAUCAUAUGCCGCAUGAACAUUCAAGUGGACAAUCCAAUCUCGGUUUUAAAUCAAGAUAUAUCGAGAACUUUCCUGGUAACUGCAGAUCCUCGUGAAAAGUACAGAUUGUUCAUGAAGGCGACGCAGUUGGAUGUCAUUGGUGACAAUUACAAACGAGCUUACGAUUUAAGUGAAAACGCUCAACGACAUCUCAACGAUGCCAAAGAGAGGCUAACAGAGUCGAAGCACCAAGUCGACAACUUGGAGAAGAAUUUGAAAGAACUAGAAAGUGUCGAUGAAUCUAUCAAGGAAUACGACCGACUGCAACAUGAGUUACAGUGGUGUGUGACUGCAGCAGAAGAACGAAAGCUAGAGCAGCUGAAGAAGAACCUCAGGGUCGCUGAAGAAAAAGUGAAAGCUGUGAUCGACAAAAAGCAGCAUCGAGACUCAAGGAUACGAGAGCUGAAUAACAAAAUUCAGGAACUGAAUAAGACAGUGAAAAGUUUGGAGCAUAAACUGACAACAUCUUUGAAAGAAGUCGAUGCUGCGAAGCAACGGCUUACAGAGUCUACAGAUAUUCAUGCAAACAAAACCAGGGAUUGGAAAACAGCACGAACCACCUUGGAUCGACUUCAAGAGGACAUGAAGAAGCUCACCGUUGAGAUUCAGCAGCUGGAAGGGGGUGGAGACCAGCAGGACAAAAGGCAACAAAUAAAACAAACCGUUUCCAAAUACAUGCAACAAUUGGACGAGGUCGAGGCAAUGUUACGAACGAAACAAACCGAUCAAAUGCAUCUGGAGGCGGAUAAAGUGCGACUCCAACAAGACGAACGAUCGACUUUCAACGACAGGGAACAAUGUCACGCCAGAGCUCAGAAAAUUCAGCGAGAACUGAGCAAUUUAAAGCAGGACACCGAUAACACUCUGAUGAUAUAUGGAGGGAACAUGCCGCACUUGGUAAACAGAAUUCAACAAGAAUUCAGGAAAGGUCGAUUCAAAGAAAUGCCUCGAGGUCCUAUAGGGUCUUACGUGAAACUGAAGGACCCCACCUGGGCAGCUGCAGUGGAGGAUUACAUAGGAGCAGGCUCCCUGCGAUCCUUCUGUGUCGACAACCAGAACGAUGCCAAAACAUUAACCAAUAUAAUGAGAGAAGUACUGCGGAACGAGCCCAUGCCUCAUGUCAUUUGCAGCAAGUUCUUUCAUCAGGUGCACAACGUCUCUCGGAAGUCCACCGGAGCACCGGAAUACAGCAACCUGUUGGACGUGAUCGAAGUGUCCGAUCCGAUUGUCGCGAAUUGUCUGAUAGACCAACGCGAACCCGAAUGCACUUUGUUGAUACCCACCAACGAGGAAGCUUGCAAUAUUAUGUCGAAUUUUAAGAAGGUGCCACCAAAUUGCGCGCGCGCUAUCACGAAGAACGCCGACCUUUUCUUUCCCGACCCUAAUUAUCGGUCUUAUGGUGGGAAACCUGGUCUCAGGGCGAAAUAUCUUCAAGCCUCGACCGCUGAGACGAUACGAAUGCUCGAAGAGGAUCUUGUCGCAGCCCAGGAGGAGCUAAAUUCAGCUUUGGAUGCGAACAAGGCUGUUCGUGAAAGGCAACAGCGAAAUGCAAUGGACCUGAAAACUGCAGUCGACCAGGUCACCAAACUGCGUUCGAUGCAGACCAAGUUGAGAUCCAACAUCGAGGCACUCAACGAUGAGUGUGAAUCCAUUCAGCCCCCGGGCUCCCUACAAGUGUUCAAAUCCGAGUUGGAGGAAUUGGAGAAAACUGCCGUUGGCGUUAGAGAGAAAGAAAAACGUCUCUUGGAAAAAGUCGAAGAGGCAAAGAAAACCCUCCGAAUACAGGAAGUCGAUGUCCAGAAACAUGAGAGUGCUGCGCAGGAGAUUCGCAGCAGAAUUGCAUCAAUCGAGGAUGAGAUAAGGGGACUGAACGCGGAGAAGGGUGAAAUCAACACGGAUAUACGAACAGAUCAGGAACUAAAGACUGCGGAAGCAGCUGUCCAGAAAUACAUUGCUGACGUUGAAGUGCAGAACAGGGUUGUGGAAAAAGCGGUAGAUGAUGCGAGCAAACGAUGCGACAGGAUAGAAACUCAAAGAUCGAUGGAAACGAUCAAGGAGGAAGCUGCCCAGCUGAAGAUGUACAUUGAAUACGCGAAGAAAAAUAUUGGAACCAAAGAGCAAUUGAAACGCGACCUCAAAGUGAAGAAAUCGAAGUAUUUGGAGGCUAUGCAAUUUGCCACGAAAGUCGAGAGGACCAACAACAAACACUUGAGGCGAUUGGUCAAUCGAAAGAAGAUGUACCACGAGAUGAAGGAGCUCAUCGGAGAGAAGGUCCAGGAGGCCUUCAAGAACGUUCUUUCUCUUAGACAAUACAAAGGUGGAAUCCAAAUCGACCAUUCCAGUCGAGUACUUCAUUUGGAAGUCAGCGCGGAAAAUGACGCUCCGAGGCCCACAAAUGACGCCAGAUGUCUUUCUGGAGGAGAACGCUCCUACUCCACGGUGGCUUUUAUUCUCGCCCUCUGGGAAUGUACAGGAUUGCCAUUUUACUUCCUCGAUGAGUUCGACGUAUUCAUGGACAAAGUCAAUCGGAAAGUAAUAAUGGACAUUCUCAUGGACCAUGCGAGGUCUCAUCAGCGAAGCCAAUUCACCUUCCUGACGCCCCUCGACACCUCGAGCAUCGUCGGCGACGAGUUAAUCACUAUUCACAAGUUGGCGCCGCCUGAGAGAAGUCGCACCACCGUCGCGGAACAGUGAGAUCGAACUCGACUUCAUCUAGGAGCCCUGAAAGAGUGUUGACUAGUGUUAAGACCGAAAAUAAUACAUAUUAUAAAUACACAGAUACAUAUUUUCUGCGAUUAUAAAGACUUGUUACGUACUGUUGA